GGAGUAUGUGAUAUCGGGAACGAAGGAAGAAGAAAGAACGAAUUCUUUUAACAAGCAUCUCUGCUGAUUUUUACGUAAUUUACUAAUUUUACGACAUUAUACUAUUGGCCUUCUGAAAGUAGCAACAAUGUAUUAUCAGCACACACUCCUCUUCCGCGAUCGUAUCUUCUCCAGGCCUCAUUAACAGAAUUGGCUCGAGUAGCAUAUUAUGUGCUCCCAAGAAGUUGAUGAGAAAUGGGAUGCGAAUGACUGAACGGCUUCACAAUGAUUCAACUUUUCAUUUCAUUUUUAAAGUUGCUAAGCAGCUCUACUUAUAGAUCUUAUUUUUUUGGAUGGCUAGUUACAGUAGCAUGUGGGCUUUAUGUGGUUAUAUUCAUGUUUCUUAAAUGGAAGCGGAAGACAUCCAUCAACUGGGUUAAAGCUGCUGCUAGAGCAAAGAAGCAAGCCUGGAAAAAGUUGAAGGUCCCAUUGUCAAAACACACAUGGGUUGAAGAUUUUGCUAACAACAGCAAUCAGCCGUCCACAUGUAGCGUUUGCCUUACAUCCUUCGUGUCCCCGAAAAACAUAGGCACAAAAGUCUCCUCAAACUCCUUAGUACAUCGUUGCUCUGUUUGCGGUGUUGCAGCACAUUUCAAUUGUUCCCAGUUUGCAUCAAAGGAUUGUAAAUGUAUAGCACAGGCUGGACUUAGCAAUGUGAAACACCAUUGGGCGGAAAGAUGGAUUAAAUUGGAUGUAAGCCCUGAGAUGUCUUCCUUUUGUUUUUACUGCGACGAACCAUGUGGUAUUCCUUUCCUUGAUGUAUCUCCCACAUGGCACUGCUUAUGGUGUCAACAACUCAUACAUGUGAAAUGUCAUGCUAAGAUGUCUGAAGAGUGUGGUGAUGUUUGUAAUCUCGGUCCUCUUAGGAAACUUAUUCUCUCUCCACUCCAUGUAAAAGACAUAGAAGCUGAAACAUCUUUUUCCGGGGCAUUGAGUCAAAUUUCAGAAAAAACAGUUACCCCUUCAAUUCAUGGUCAAAGCAGAAGAAAACGCAAUCGCACCAAACACGAUAGUAACCAUAUACUCAAUGGUAAGCAGCAGCACUCAUCACAUGUGACAAAAGCACUUGAUUUCUUUCUUAAUGGUCUUACCCUUCUGAAGAAUUCCAAUAGUGAGAAAAGGGACAUCAAUUUCUCUGGUAGUGAACUUCUUGAUAAAAAUGGUAUGAAAAAGGGAUUGAUUCGGAAAAAACAUGAAAAUAUUGUCCCAGGCCAAUCAAAGAAGUACGCUCUUGUGGAUUUACCGCAAGAUGCAAGACCACUUUUAGUUUUCAUUAACAUGAAAAGUGGAGCCCAAAAUGGUCCUUCCCUUAGGAGAAGGUUGAACAUGCUAUUGAAUCCUGUACAGAUUUUUGAACUCAGCUCCUCACAAGGGCCUGAAGAAUGCUUAGAUUUAUUCAGCAAUUUACAACAUUUUCGGGUGUUGAUUUGUGGUGGGGAUGGGACUGUUGCUUGGGUCCUUGAUGCUAUUGAGAGUUAUAACUUUCAGUCACCUCCUCCAGUUGCUGUCCUCCCUUUGGGAACAGGAAAUGAUUUGUCAAGGGUCUUACAAUGGGGAGGCAGAUUCUCAAUGGUCGAAGGGCGGGGUGGUGUUGGAAACUUUCUCUAUGAUUUGAACAAUGCAGCGGUCACAAUGCUAGAUCGCUGGAGAGUUGAUAUAUCAGAUGAGAAAUCAUUUGUAGAUACCAAACAAGUGAAGCCAAAGUUUAUGAUGAACUACUUAGGUAUUGGAUGUGAUGCAAAAGUUGCUUAUGAAUUUCACAUUAACAGGGAAGAAAAUCCAAAUAAGUUUUACAGCCAGUUUGUAAAUAAAUUACGAUAUGCAAAAGAAGGUGCCAAGGAUAUAAUGGACAGAACUUGUGCAGAUUUGUCAUGGCAAGUAUGGCUUGAAGUAGAUGGGAAGGACAUACAGAUUCCAAAUGAUGCUGAAGGGUUGAUCGUGCUUAAUAUUGGAAGCUAUAUGGGCGGAGUUGAUCUCUGGCAAAAUGAUUUAGAGCAUGACGAUGACUUUGAGCACCAGUCCAUGCAUGAUAAAAUGCUUGAAGUUGUUUGUGUUUCUGGAGCGUGGCAUCUUGGCAAACUUCAGGUUGGGCUUUCUCAAGCAAGAAGACUAGCCCAAGGUGGCACUAUAAGGAUACACAUCUCCAGUCCUUUCCCCGUUCAGAUUGAUGGGGAACCAUUUAUACAGCAACCAGGGUGCUUGGAGAUCACGCACCAUGGACAGGUGUUUAUGUUGAGAAGGACGUCAGGGUUGGAGGGGAGAAGAGGGCAUGCAGCAGCCAUAAUGACAGAAGUACUGGUGGAUGCUGAGUGUAAAGGUGUGAUUAGUGCAUCUCAAAAGAAUGCACUUCUUCAACAGAUUGCCCUUCAGCUUUCUUGAUUCUUCCUACCAUCCUCUCCUACUACUUGUGGUCUGGCUUAGCCCAUGCCUGCCUAUACACAAGUUAAAAUUUUGUGUUUAGAAUACUAGUCUUCCUUUAAUACUUACUAAUGAUGAUGCAGAAUUUUUGACAAUAUUAUAUGUACACUAGGUGAUUUCUUGAAAGUUUAGAUCUUCUAGUGAGACUGUGAUCCAAAAGACCAGAGGUGUGUAAGAAGAAAGUUAGUGUGAAAAAUAUAUUAUGCACUUAUCAGGUUUCUCCGGGAAGAGGUCUGAUGAAUAAGAACUACAUGGAGAUUUGGCGAACAUUUGGUACCGACUGAUUUUAGCAGAAUAGAUCAAUGAAAAAAUUGCAACUUGUUGAAUAAUAUUGUUAAUUUGUUAUACUUUGGAAAAAGAGGAAUUUAUUUGAUUAAUAAGGAUUGUUCUAGACUA